AUGGCGUCGUGGCUCAAAGCCGCUGAAGAUUUAUUUGAAGUUGUUGAUCGAAGAGCGAAGCUGGUUGCCAGUGACAUUGCAGAAGAACAAUCUGAUUCCAAGUCUCCAGAAUUAGCUUCAAAUGGGCAAGGAUCUCAAGGCAAAAGGAAGAAAUUAAAAGCUAAGGCUCAAAAGAGACUGUCCGACCCAUCAACUAUAGUCAGUGAUACUACUAAGGAGAAAACUGGAUCUCCAGCAGCAACAUUGGAUGUAACAACUCCAAGCGAAAAAAUUGAUCCGGUAGCCAAACAUGAUGAGAGUGAUUCCAUUUCUACAAAUCAACCAAAGGAGCAGCAACCUACUGAUGCAACAUCACCCAUAAUAGGAACUUCGUUGUCAAAAGUGCUAGCUAGUGAUACUGAGAAACCUGACACACGUGAUGUGGAAGUCUUGGUAAAUGAUACUGCUGUUGAUGUUACUACUACUCCCGCAAGUAAGGAGCCUGGCAAAGAGAAUGCUUCAGAUAUUCAUGAAGCGGAUCCUUCUUCUUCUCCUAAAGGAAUGAAAGGCCCCAAUCACGAAUCUAUGAGUACUGACCAAAUUAUCAAGGCUGGAGAUUUAGACUCCAUCCAAUAUAAGGACCAAGAAAAACCUGAAUCUGUGGCUGAUGAUGUAGCUCCUAAUAGUGAUACCAUCCCUAAAGAUUCUGAUAUAAAAGCUGAGCCUAUAGUGAAUCAAAAGAGUCAAGAGGAUCAUAAAACUGACAUAUCCCCUGAAAAAGUACAGGAUCAGCUUGAAGAGGCCCAAGGAUUGCUCAAAACAACAAAAUCUACUGGUCAGUCUAAAGAGGCAAGGCUAGCUCGGGUCUGUGCUGGACUAUCAUCUCGCCUUCAAGAAUACAAAUCCGAAAAUGCACAGUUAGAGGAACUUCUUACUGCAGAGAGAGAGCUGAGCAAAUCAUAUGAGGCUAGCAUAAAGCAGCUACAAAAGGAUUUGUCUGAAAGUAAAAAGGAAGUUACAAGAGUUGAAUCAAAUAUGGGUGAGGCCUUGGCAGCCAAAAAUGCUGAAAUCGAGGCAGUUCUAAGUUCUGUGGAAGCAGUUAAAAGGCAGGCUGCAUUGUCAGAAGGAAAUCUAGCUUCCCUGCAGGCAAACAUGGAGUCUAUGAUGAGAAAUCGGGAACUGUCAGAGACAAGGAUGAUGCAGGCUCUAAGAGAGGAGCUAGCAUCUGUUGAGCGAAGAGCAGAAGAGGAGCGUGCUGCACAUAAUGCUACCAAAUUGGCUGCUAUGGAAAGAGAAGUGGAAUUGGAACAUAGAGCAGUUGAGUCAUCUACAGCCCUUGCGAGGAUACAGAGAAUAGCUGAUGAAAGGACAACAAAGGCCACAGAACUUGAGCAGAAGGUGGCACUCCUCGAGGUUGAAUGCUCAUCUUUAAAUCAAGAACUGCAAGACAUGGAAGCCCGUUUGCGCCGGGAACAAAAAAAAUCACCAGAAGAGGCAAAUCAAGUAGUUCAGAUACAGGCAUGGCAGGAAGAAGUGGAGCGUGCUCGUCAGGGUCAGAGGGAAGCUGAAAACAAAUUAUCUUCUUUUGAGGCUGAACUACAAAAAUUGAAAGUUGAAAUGGCUGCAAUGAAGAGGGAUGCUGAGCAUUAUUCGCGUCAGGAGCAUACGGAGUUAGAGAAACGUUAUCGGGAACUGACUGAUCUUUUGUACUACAAACAAACACAAUUAGAAACCAUGGUCAGUGAAAAAGCUGCCAUAGAGUUUCAGUUGGAGAAGGAAAUUAAGCGUCUUAAGGAAGCACAGGCAGAGACCGAAAGAAGUAGAGUUCCUCGUCGAGCAUCAUCAACUUGGGAAGAUGAGAGUGAUAUAAAAGCCCUGGAGCCUCUUCCUUUGCAUCACCGUCACUUGGCUGGUGCAAGUGUUCAGUUGCAGAAAGCAGUUAAACUGCUAGAUUCAGGGGCAGUAAGAGCCACAAGAUUCCUCUGGCGUUAUCCAACAGCUCGAGUUUUUCUAUUUUUCUAUUUGGUGUUUGUACAUCUCUUCUUGAUGUAUCUCAUGCAUCGGCUUCAGGUUCAAGCAGACAGUAUGGCUGAUAGAGAAGUUGCAGAAUCUAUGGGACUUACUAACCAGAGUUUACCAUGA